UACAUCUGACUACGGGUGCAUCCGGUUUGGUGCCUUCGGCAUCUGAAAGAGACCUGUACUCAGAGAACCUGUCAAAUCACAAUCAGAUCGGAACCAAAUCAUUGCUCUCAAGAUCCUCGAGAGAGAAUGGCUUCGGCCAACCGUCCGCUGAGGACAACUGUCGAAUACAAUCCCUUGACUCAUGGGCGAUUCUUCCAGAGCGAAAUGGAGUGGCUGUUUGGACGGCGGAAAACGCCGGAGGAGAUGCUCCGAGAGAAUCAGCGAGCGCUCAACAAAGCUAUACGUGACUUGGAUCGAGAAAGAACCAAGAUGGAACAACAAGAGAAGAAACUAAUCCAAGAUAUCAAGAAGCAGGCGAAAGAAAAUCAGAUGGAGUCUGUGAAAAUCAUGGCAAGGGAUCUCGUGCGGACCAGGCGGUAUAUAAAGAAGUUCCUUCUGAUGAAGGCCAAUAUUCAGGGUGUAAGCCUGAAAAUCCAGACGCUCCGGUCGCAGAAUGCCAUGGCCCAAGCCAUGAGGGGAGUCACCAGAGCUAUGGGGAACAUGAACAGGCAGCUGAAUCUACCUCAAAUACAAAAGAUCAUGAUGGAAUUCGAAAAGCAAUCGAUGAUGAUGGACGCCAAGGAGGACAUGAUGAACGACGCCAUGGAUGAUGCCAUGGAAGACGAGGGCGACGAGGAAGAAACCGAAGAAGUCGUCAACAAGGUUUUGGAUGAGUUGGGCCUACAACUGGCCUCAACACUGACAGAUUUGCCCCAGGCGUCCGGAGCAGUCGCACAACCGAACGAUCCUUCGAAGGUCGCUCAGGCUGAAGGAGGGGCCAGUGAUGCCGAUGCCGAUCUCAUGGCUCGAUUAGAGAAAUUGAGACGAGAAUGAUACCUUUUGAUUGUGACGUUGAUGUAGCAUGUGUUGUAAAGUUUUUCAUUCUCACGGAAUGAAGGAGCAGCCCACGAGCUGGAUUCCUUAAAAAGCUUGGUUACAAAAAUAUAUUUUUGAGAGUGCACGCCCUGGAAGAGCCAGCUGAAGAAUCAAGAUUCGUGGAGGCUGAUCGAGACAAGGGGCACUUGGUAGGAUUCCGUUCGGAGCUAGUGGUGGAGCCGAGGAUACUGAUGUCAAUGAGUCCCUGAAUAAAAAGAUUCUAU